AUGGAAGAUGUGGAUGAUUCAUUUUAUAGCCGUCAAAGAUGUGUCCUGGGAGAGGAUGCUAUGCGAAAAAUGGCUAAAUCCAAGGUGUUUCUCUAUGGGCUUGGAGGUGUAGGAAUAGAAAUAGCGAAGAACCUUAUACUCGGUGGAGUCGAAGAACUGAUCAUACAAGAUGACCGUGUUUGUGAAUCGCGAGAUCUAUACUCUCAAUUUUUUAUACGACCAGAGGAUGUGAUUAGGGGGAUUUCAAGAGCCGAGGCUAGUUUACCUCACUUGGUUGCACUCAACCCCUACGUCCGCGUCUCUGUGGAGCGCAGAAAUCUAACCACCAUCCGCAGUCCAUUGGAGCACAAAGCAAACGAGGAACUCCUUCAGGCAUUGGUUGCUAACAACGAGGAACGAUCACGCAAUGUAGAAUGCCUUAUCGUGACACAGUGCCCACUACACGCCGCUGUCCUGCUGAAUCUUUUCUGUCGGAAACACAAUAUUCGCUUCAUUUACAGCGAUGUUUACGGCGCCUUCGGUUUCCUCUUCUGUGAUUUCGGCGUUAAUUUCCUGAUUAAAGAUCCAACCGGAGAAACACCUAAAGAAUUUUUUAUCGGGCACAUAGAAAUACUAAACUCUACGCAGAUAUUGGUGAAGGUGUUCGCCGAUCGACGGCAUCAGUUAGAAACGGGUCAAGUGGUUGAAUUCCGCGAGCUCAGCGGAAUGUCGGAGCUAAACGGCAAGGCUUUCGCUGUUCAAGUUGUUUCUUCCUCGGAAUUGUUGAUUGAAAUGGACACUGGCAACCUAUCUCCUUACAUCGGUGGUGGCGUGGCAGUUCAAAUAGUGCAACCACAAAUACAGCAUUUUGACUCCUUGCUAGAACAGCUUCACGAGCCCAGAAUCGCUACGGCUGACCUGUCUCAUCCCAAUGAAGGCAUCCUGUUGCACCACAUUUUUCUCAGCUUGAUGGCUUUUCGUCAUGACGAACAACGCUUUCCUGAGCCAUGGCGUGAACCCGAUUGGACUUUGUUCAACCAGAAGUUCCAGACACUCCAGGGUUUGGUGCCGUAUAAAUUGGAUCAGGUGGAUCAAGAGUUUGUGAGACGUCUCGCACUCGUGUCGCCUGGCGAAUUGUCUCCACUGUGUGCCGUGUUUGGUGGGGUUGUUGCACAAGAGGCUAUGAAAGCCCUAACUGGCUGCUUCACACCAUACAACCAGUGGUUUUACAUGCACUGUGAAUCUGUGGUUCCCCGGACAUUUCCACCUUCACACUCAACCUUGAACACCUCACGGUAUGAACCAUUGGCGAUUUGUAUCGGAUUCGAACCUCUGCAACGGUUGCAAAAUCUGAAUGUUUUCAUGGUUGGGUGCGGCGCAAUCGGAUGUGAGCUAUUGAAAAAUCUUGCUUUGCUCGGCGUCGCCACCGCUCAGUCUGAUUCACGAUGCCCUCGCUUUGCCGAUUAUGCCGGUUCAAAACCGGGUCUUAAUACCGUUGAUUCCUGCAAAUUAGAUUCUCUUCCCUCUGAUGAUUGCCGAGAGACAGGUGUAAUCGACCAACGCUCCCUGUGUGACAGCUCAAACGAACUUGCCCGUUCCGCACGGUUUUGUUCUACUGAAUCAAUGUCUCCCCAAUUACUCCCACUACAUGCCGUAGCUGGCGAUACAACCACUGAGGAAGGGGUUCCGCUUGGUCCAACUCUACCAGUUACCCAAUCCAUGAAGGAGCCCACAAAUGAAAUCGCUCCUGGUUACGGACCCGGGCUUGGAGCUGAUCCCAACUCCGCCCACCUCUAUUCCCCGUCGUCCCCACACACCUCGAUUACUACUCCGAUGGACCAGGCACCUCCAUUCGUUGGCAAGGACGGCGAUACUGUGAGGGCUCACACCAACCAGUUUACCGAACCUACAACCUUCACCCACAACACUGCGCAUUUGCUUAAUCUAACCACGAAUCGACAUCCAACAUCCAUGAUGAGCGGAGAGGGUUGUUUGUCUACGACCUCUUCGCACCUGAGGAAUGCGUCGAAAAUGGCCAGUACCCCGUCUGCCACUGGUGACACCUCUGAAUUGGACGACUUGGCAACAACAACAACAACAACCGCAUCCUCACCGUAUGAGCACCAGCGUCCUGGUCAAGUGCAACCCAAAUCUGCCGAGAUGAAACCAGAUCAUGCAGUUUUCCAACCGUGCAUUACCAUCACUGACCCAGAUCACAUCGAGAAGUCUAAUCUCAAUCGGCAAUUUCUUUUUCACUCCGAGCAUAUUGGUCGUCCUAAGGCCCAAAUUGCCGCACUUGCUGCUCGCACCAUCAACCCUGCUAUAAACAUCCGCCCAAUGGAGGAGAAAGUCUGCUCCUCGACUGAAAAAACUUUGUUUACCGACGCUUUUCUUCUCACUGCCACUGGAUCUUCGCCAUCCACCGCAUCUCAUCGGACCACCGGGGUUGUACUCGCCGCCUUGGAUUGCGUUGCCAGUCGGCGCUACUUGGACACUCGAUGUGUGUCUUUACACCUGCCCCUCUUCGAAAGCGGUACUUUGGGGACGAAAGGCCACGUUCAGAUUGUUCUUCCUGGUCUCACUGAAUCGUAUAAUAGUCAACACGACGACGACAGCGGUUCUGUUACCGAAGGACCAGAUGCGGAUGGAGCUCAGUCGAUUCCGUACUGUACGCUGAAAUCGUUUCCCACUUUGCCAGUCCAUUGUAUUGAAUGGGCACGAGAGAAGUUCACCAGUCAGUUUACACUCAAACCAGAGAAGCUUUCGCAGCUCUUGUCCGCGCUGGAUCGCACUUCUCCUGGCGCUCGGCUGUUGGAGUUAGCUUCUGUUCUGCUUAAAACCACAACGUCUAAAAUGAGCGAAGCGGAACUCAAAACCAAAACCACCUGGCUCUGUAGUCAGCUGACCUACAGUAUUGCUCGCUUCCUGAGCUCCCGUCCAGUCGACUGGGUUGGCUGUGUACAAUUGGCAAGAACCAAAUUUGAACGUUACUUCAAUCACAAGGCCAAACAGUUGCUUCACGCUUUUCCUCCUGACACGAAGUUGGCCGACGGAAGCCCAUUUUGGCAAUUACCAAAGCGACAGCCAACACCGCUUUCUUUCAGAUCGAGCGAUCCACUGUAA